AUGUCACACGAAAUGGCCUACAUGGGCCCGCGGGCCUUCAAUCACGAGCAAAGCAGUGACGCUGAGGCGGAGUACGACCGGCUCCGCGGCCUCGCGCGCCAGGAGGCCUCGAAGCGCAACGCGUGUUUCCAGCGUUCGCAAGAGGCAUACUCGAGCGGCGAUGGCGCGGGCGCAAAACACCUGUCGGAGGAAGGCAAGGCGCACGGGCACAAGAUGGACGAGUACAACAAGCAAGCCUCCGAGUUCAUCUUCCGUGAGAACAACGCGUCAGGACGCGUGGCGGCCGAUACCAUCGAUCUGCAUGGCCAAUUCGUUGAAGAGGCCGAGGAGAUCCUGGAGGAGCGCAUCAGGUACGCGAAGACACAUGGGCAGAACCAUUUGCAUGUCAUCGUCGGCAAGGGCAACCACUCUGCCAACCAUGUCCAGAAGAUCAAGCCGCGCGUCGAGCAGGUCUGCCGUGAACUGGGCCUGCAGUAUUCCACCGAGGAGAACGCUGGUCGCAUGUACAUCAACCUCACUGGUGGCGCGGCGGUCAUGCCGCCGCCGUCGUCGCACCAACACCAGCCCUCCCACCACCAAUAUCCUGGUCAACCGCACCAGCCUCAUCAGCAGCCUCAGCAGCAGGACGAGGUGGAGCAAGUGGUCAAAGCAGUGCUGCCCAAGGUCAUGCGCAAGCUCGAGAAGGCUUGCUGUGUCGUUAUGUAA